AAUCGGCUUGGAGAACAGGCACAGCCGCGUCCCCCAAGUCCCACCCCCGACAGCUGGAUCUUGUGACUGGGCCCCUGGGUAGAGUUCAAGGUUGGAGUGCGGCGGCUUCCUUGCGGUUGUGUGAGUGUCCCAACCUGGGUCGAGUUACCCCGCCGUUCAAAGGCUCCCCCGCAGUGCUUUUUAAAUUGACAUAUGCAGUGAUAACCUGCUUUAGCCUCAGGCUCACUCACCGGUCCAGACCCUGGGCUGCCUGCCUCUACACAUUCUCCCAAGAGUUGUCUGAGCCGCCGAGUGGACAGUGGCUGAUUAUGGAGAGCAGAGGCCCACUGGCCCCCUCGCGCCGGCUGCUGUUGCUGCUGUUGCUACUACUGCGUCACACCCGCCAGGGAUGGGCCCUGAGAACUGUUCUCCCCACCCAGAGGGCCCAGGACCCUCCGGCUGUCCACCUCAGCAAUGGCCCAGGACAAGAGCCUGUCGCUGUCAUGACCUUUGACCUCACCAAGAUCACAAAAACCUCCUCCUCCUUUGAGGUUCGAACCUGGGACCCAGAGGGAGUGAUUUUUUAUGGGGAUACCAACCCUAAGGAUGACUGGUUUAUGCUGGGACUUCGGGAUGGCAGGCCUGAGAUUCAACUGCACAAUCACUGGGCCCAGCUUACGGUGGGUGCUGGACCACAGCUGGAUGAUGGGAGAUGGCACCAGGUGGAAGUCAAGAUGGAGGGGGACUCUGUGCUGCUGAAAGUGGAUAGGGAGGAGGUGCUGCGCCUGAGACAGGUCUCUGGGCCCCUGACCAGCAAACGCCAUCCCAUCAUGAGGAUUGCGCUUGGGGGGCUGCUCUUCCCCGCUUCCAACCUUCGGUUGCCGCUGGUUCCUGCCCUGGAUGGCUGCCUGCGCCGGGAUUCCUGGCUGGACAAACAGGCCAAGAUCUCAGCAUCUGCCCCCACUAGCCUCAGAAGCUGUGAUGUAGAAUCAAAUCCCGGGAUAUUUCUCCCUCCAGGGACUCAUGCAGAAUUCAGUCUCCGAGACAUUCCCCAGCCUCAUGCAGAGCCCUGGGCCUUCUCUUUGGACCUGGGACUCAAGCAGGCGGCAGGCUCAGGCCACCUCCUUGCUCUUGGGACACCGGAGAACCCAUCUUGGCUCAGUCUCCACCUCCAAGAUCAAAAGGUGGUGUUGUCUUCUGGGUCGGGGCCAGGGCUGGAUCUGCCCCUGGUCUUGGGAUUCCCACUUCAGCUGAAGCUGAGUAUGUCCAGGGUGGUCUUGAGCCAAGGGCCGAAGAUGGAGGUCCUUGCCCUGCCUCCCUUAGGCCUGGCUCCCCUCCUUAACCUCUGGGCCAAGCCUCAAGGGCGUCUCUUCCUGGGGGCUUUACCAGGAGAAGACUCUUCCACCUCUUUUUGCCUGAAUGGCCUUUGGGCACAAGGUCAGAGGCUGGAUGUGGACCGGGCCCUGAACAGAAGCUAUGAGAUCUGGACUCACAGCUGCCCCCAGAGCCCAGGCAAUGGCACUGACGCUUCCCAUUAAAGCUCCACCUAAGA